GCAGAGCCAGCCAGCAACUGCUGGGGAAGAUGUUGAGGACUGGGCACAAACAGGGCUGUUACAGCAAAGGGUAACUCCAGCCACCACCUUCCCUGGCAAAUGCCUCCCAGGAUAGGCAUGCUUUAGAUCCAGACUCCCGGCCCAUAGCCUGCCUUGGACUUCUGGAAGGACCCAGCCUCAUUUGCUGUUACUUGCCGCCUGCUAAAAAUGAUCUGGAGCAAGGAGCCAGCUCUCCCUUUCUCCGCCCUCCUUCUCCUCCUCCCUGACCAAGCUGGGAGGGAUCCAGUGUCAGCCUGCAGCUGGCAUUGCAGCUGGCGUCCAGGCAAAGAAAGGGAGAUUGCUGCUUGGAGGCCAGGGGGCUCUGGUUUCCAACAAUUUAUUAAUAGCAAAUACACACUCCCAUGCUACACCCACGUCCAGUCCAGAACACGAGGAAUUGGGCUCCUGGAGAGAAAGGGACCUGAUGGCAGAUUCAGAAGCCCCUUUGGAGAUGCAUGUGGAUGAUACAGGUACAUCCUUAGAGCUCGAGGGAGAGGUUACAGAUGCCCCGUUGGAGCCUGAAGUUGCACAUGCCCCCUUGGAGCUACAUAUGGAUGUCACAAACACCCCCCUGGAGCUGAACAACACAGACGCACCCUUGGAGCAGCAUGUGGAUGGUGCAGACGCUCUCUUGGACUUGGAUGUUGCAGAGUCCCAGACUCUGAGCAUUGAGGAGCUAGGAGAGCAUUUCCAGGUAUGCAUUGAAGCAGUGGAGCAGCUGGAGAAGGAGAGAGAUAACCUCAUCCAGGAACUCAUGCUGCUCCGGGAACCCGCCCUUCAAGAAAUCAGACAAGCUCAUGAGGAGAUACUGGCAGCCUACAGACUCCAGGCCAAGGUGGAGAUGGAGCGGGACAAUCUGAGGAUCGAGAUCCGACAAGUCAAGCACAAGCUAUUCAAGGUGACCAGAGAGUGCGUGGCUUGCCAGUACCAGCUGGAAACCAGACGGCAUGACAUGGCCCAGUAUGCAGUCUAUCGGGCUGAACUGGAAACCAGGGUCAGCCAGCUUUCAGAAGAAAUAUCGCAGCUGAGAGAGACUUGUGAAAAGCAGAAGGAACAGUUCAGGCAGCGCCUGGAAAUGCCCCAAUACCGGGGGGACAGCCAUUACUUGCAGGAGAGCCGAAGGCUUUCCAUGGAGUUCGAGAGCUUUGUGGCAGAGAGUCGCCAGGGCCUGGAGAAACACUAUGAGCCACAGCUUGUGUGCCUUUUAGAAAGGAGAGAAGCCAGUGCUAAGGCUUUGCAACAAACACAGGGAGAGAUUCAUGGGCUGAAGGAGACACUGCGACCACUGAAGGGAGAGGCCAGCAGGCUGCGGCUGCAGAACAGAAGUCUGGAAGAACAGAUCAUGCUCAUUAAGCAAAAACGGGACGAAGAAGUUCUCCAGUACAGGGAACAGGUAGAAGAGAUGGAAGAGAGGCUAAGGGAGCUGAAAAAUGCGGUCCAACUUCAGCAACACAAGAAUCAAGAAUUGGAAGAGCUGAUGACCAGCCUGCACCAGGAGCUAUCUAUUUACAAGGGCUGCUUAGAAAUCUAUGGUCAUCUUUGCAACUCAGAAGAAAAAGUCGACCAACACUGACCCAUGGACUUUCCUUAUUUUAAUCAGAAAAUAAAUACAGAGGAGCUCAGUGUGAAAGACUGAGGUAUCUGCAGUGGACACUUACAUUUCCCUCUCCCUCCUCAACCCCUCCUAAAUAAUGCAUAGCAACUAUUUAAAGUCAGGAAUACCAGACAAUCAUUUGCUUGUUUAUAUUUCUUGAGGUGCUGCUCUGGUGAUCUUCUAGCAUGGUAGAAAAGAAUAAAGCUGCUGUCCUCCAGGAGGGCACAGAAAAAUACACUUGCACUAAACAAUGAACAUAUAAAGAAGAAUGAUAAAUGUUUUGCUAGGUUUCAGAGUAGCAGCUGGGUUAGUCUGUAUUUGCAAAAAGAAAAGGAGUACUUAUGGCACCUUAGAGACUAACAUUUAUUAGAGCAUAAGCUUUCAUGAGCUACAGCAUCUGAUGAAGGGAGCUGUAGCUCACGAAAGCUUAUGCUCUAAUAAAUUUGUUAGUCUCUAAGGUGCCACAAAUGUUUUGCUGUGUGUUUGGAAAGCAUAUCUGAUCUUGUUUUUUAGGUGGAUCGUAUAAGCCUGCACAGAAAGGGUCAUAUAGAAAGCCAAUUAUUCUUUGUUUCAAAGAAACACCUCAAAGAACUGUUGUUGUACCGUAAACAGGAUUGUUUCUUGUGUAGCUCAAAAGGUGACUGCUGUACUGUGAUAUGUUCUAGUAGGGUCCAUAAACUGAGUUCCCAUAUAAAUUGUUUCCACUUUAUAUAAAAAUCUCACCUUGAAAGUAAGGUUUCAGGUUUUAAAGGCUGCUUGUAUAUCCCAAAGCACAUUCUGCCUCAGGGAGAAUGCAACAUGCUCACAUGAUCAAAUCAAAACAGCUGUAAAUUUGUUCACACAUUAAUCAUAGGAUGUAGACCUAACACCCUAUUAAUCAUUAGAGGGGAGGAAUUUAAGACCCAGACCUGGUCUCUAUCUAAAACUUAAACUGACAUAUGGUGUGAAACAUUCACUCCUGAGGGUGGCUUAACUAGACCUCUAAGCCCCUGUGUAGACACAGUUAGGUCAAUAGAAUUAUUCCAUCAACCUAGUUACUGCCUGUAGGAGGGGUGAACUAACUACAGCAAGAGAGAACCCCCCCUCCACCAUUGUAGCAAGUAUCUACACCAUGGCACUACAGCAGCAGCACCACAGCAUCUGUAGUGUAGAGCGAGCCCCACUCAAAGCACCUGGGGAGAUUCAGACUCAGGUGUAAUUCUGAAAAGGGUUACUACAGUCUGCUCAUGACUUCUUGAAGGCCAAGCUUUACCUUAAUGUUGAAUGAAUCAGAAUCACAAAGCUUUAUAUAAAAAGGUAAAGCAUGCUACAAAAGCUUGAAUUUUAUUUUUUGACCUCAUGAAUAUCAAGGUUUGGGACUCUUCCCCCCAUCCAAGGCUGCCACGCCAUUAGAACUUUGUCCUUGAGAGGGUGUGAACAGAAGAACUUUCUGAAGGCUAGAUUAUGGAUAGCUCUCUACAUGUACUCUAGAAGGAAUGGGCAAGAGAGCACCCUUCAUUCCUCCCCUAACACGACAGCCAUGUUUUGGCUGCAGGGGGCACAAAGAAGAUGCUACAUGAUACUGCUGCCAAUGCUAAUAGCCCCAGAGGCUGAUGUGGAGGAGUAGCCAUACUCCUGCCUCCUACACACCAGCAUUCUCCUGGCAGGAUUUGCAGGUCACAUCUUUUAAAGAACCUCCUAGAAGGUAUAAUGUCUCCAUACACUGCUGCUCAGAAAGCACCUCUAUUGUAAGAGAUACAAUUUCGCCUUGAGAAUGCACUUUUCCUGAAGAUAAACUUUAAAAAAACCACACACACACACCAAAGCAGCACACCAUUUAUGUAGAAAAACAAAUUUAUUCCAUCUGAAGCACUUACACAUAAUUAGUCAUGGAGAGUAACAGCCUACUGGUGGAACAGGUCACCCUAGUGGGAAAUGUGCAGAAGCUAGUGGUCAAGGACUAACUCCU